GUAUACUGCAGCAUCCAGAUGGGACUGUCCUGAAGCAGUUGCAGCCACCACCUCGCGGUCCCAGGGAGCUGGAGUUCUACAAUAAGGUUUAUGACUCCAACUGUUGCGACAGCGUUCUUCUGGAACUGCGGGAAUAUCUGCCAAAAUACUUCGGUGUCUGGUCACCACCUACUGCACCAAAUGAUACGUAUCUAAAACUGGAAGAUGUGACCCGUAAGUUUAAUAAGCCUUGCAUAAUGGAUGUAAAAAUAGGUCAGAAAAGUUAUGAUCCGUAUGCUUCAGCAGAGAAGAUACAGCAGCAGGUCAGCAAGUACCCGCUGAUGGAAGAGAUUGGCUUUUUGGUACUUGGCAUGAGGGUUUACCACAUCUCUUCUGACAGCUACGAGACACAAAACCAGCACUAUGGGAGGAGCUUGACAAAGGAAACAGUAAAGGAUGGCAUCUCCAAGUUUUUCCACAAUGGGUACUGCUUGAGAAAAGAUGCAAUAGCUGCCAGCAUUCAGAAGAUUGAAAAAAUUUUGGAGUGGUUUGAGGGCCAGAAGCAACUCAACUUUUAUGCAAGCUCAUUACUCUUUGUUUAUGAAGGUUCAUGUCAGGCAACAACCGUGCAGUUGAGUGAUAUCACAUUGGCAGAGAAGAGAGGAGUGCCCAAAGGACUAUUAUCAGGUGGAGACAUACUGGAGUAUAAUAAUAAUAUUCAUCUAAUAAAUUCUACAGAGAAUGGAAAAAUUGAGGCCUCUGUAGGUAAAGGCUUGUCCAAAUUUUAUGCACUUCACAAAAAGGCAUAUUCUAAGAGGCACCACAGCCAACUCUCACUAAAAGUUGAAAACCUGGAGCAAGACAACGCGUGGAAAAGCAGCACGUGCAUUACACAGGAGCAUCUGAACGGAAACAUUAUACCCCAACUGGAAAAAGUUUUCUGUCACAUGCCAGCAGAAAUCAAGGAAAGCGCAAACGUAGAAGUCCGAAUGAUAGAUUUUGCUCAUGUGUUUCCUAGCAACACAAAGGAUGAGGGCUACAUUUAUGGUCUGAAGAAUUUAAUCACAGUACUUCAAAAUAUUUUAGAUAACUGAAUUCUUUGCUAUGGUUUUUACUGGAGGCCAAUGAUAAAGAAGAGCAACAACAUGAAGAAUUUCUGCACUUGUAAUGCUGUAUAACUGGGUUUGUAUUGUUCUAUAUUUUAUUUGUCUUUGUACUUUUGGUAGAAGGGUUUAACUUUUUAUAAUCUCACUCAGGAAAAUAAUUGAUAAUUAGGGAGUGUGAAAGGAUAAAGAUGCUGGAGAUGAAGCAAGACAGGUAAACUAGUAGAGUGAAAUGUAUAUGGUUGACUUCAAUCCAAGCAGUACAGUUGUACAAUAAGCAGGGGUUAUGCUAGUUCCUUAACGACUUUAGCGUAGAUCACAUUUGCCCACUUAGCCUUGACACUGAGCCGUAUCUCCAU